CCACUAUCAAUAUUAUAUCCUAGGAUAACAACGCGCCAACAUGGUGCAACCGCGCCCCCAACAGUUCGGCGGUACGCCUCGCUUUACAGGUGUGCCUAGCGCGAGCGGCCACCCCAUCAGCAAUGCCGUCCCAUCGUCAGCGGCUUCUCCUUCAACUGCGAGAGCUCGCCAACUUGGGUUGGGCGUUGGGUAUGGAAUGGGGCUCGGCAGCAAGGGUUUAGGCAAGGGCAAAGCUUUCAGAAGGCACAAGAAGAUACCGCGGGAUACCAUUCGUGGAGUGACUAAAGGUGACAUCCGUCGCCUCGCCCGCAGGGGUGGUGUCAAGCGUAUCUCUGGAAUGAUUUACGAAGACGUCCGUCAAGUUCUCAAGUCACGACUGGAGAUAAUCUUAAAGGACAUCGUCGCGAUCGUAGAACAUAGCGGCCGGAAGACCGUGUCCAUACAAGACGUAAUUUUCACAUUGAAUAGGCUCGGACGCCCGUUAUACGGCUUUGAACCGUCGAUGCGAAUGCUAUCAUGAGGGAUAUAGUAGCUUAGGCGUUUCGUCCAAGGGAGUUCUUGGUUUGAUAUUUAUUCUCUCUCGGAAUUACACUCUCGGCCUAGCCCAUAUGUGGCAGCGUUUUAUCUCCUUCGUCUGUCUCACACCAUUUCUAGGAGUCUCGAGGGCGGGAUUGGAUUCUCCAAUUCUUUGCUCGUAGUCACCAAACACUACCAGGGGCAAUGGUACACAGGUCCAUGAUACUGAGAUUUCUAGUAUGAUGAAGGCCGUGAUGCGUCCGAUGCUCUCCAAUUUCGUUACCGUUAGCAAACCAAC